AUUAUUUGUGUGUGAAGACUGAGGAGGAGGAUGAAGCUCUGAUUGUGGACCCUGGAGACAGUGGGCUGUCCGCACAAAGCUGCAUGCCAGUGCAGCAGAACUCUGAAGCAAACAGUGCUGUUCACCACAUGAGUCAACUUGCCUAUGGAAGUGAAGGUUUGCCAGUGCUUGCUGAUCAAACAGCCUCACAAAUGGGCCACUCUGCAAUGAUGCAGAGAGGAAAUGGUCACAGCCCUGAGAAAAUGGAUUUUGUGUUUUUGCAUAAUAAAAGAAAGCGACUUUCUCCUGCUGUAGUGGAGCACAGUGUGAUGAGAACCAGGGAAGAAGAAUAUGAAGAUAGUGACAGUGUCAUUUACGAGUAUGAACCAGACUAUGAAUGCGAAAGCAUUUUAUCUGAAGGUUCUUAUACUGGAUAUCAACAGAAUCCUCUUAUGGAGGUCCUCAGUUAUUGCCAGGCCAUGUAUGAUGCCAUUCAGAAGCUGGAUAAAAAAUUUGACCUGCUUCAUCGUAAGGUCUCGGAAAUGCAGCAUACUCGUAUAAAGCCAUUCUUGCUCAAACCUAAACCAGUUGGAUUUACAUACAGAAGUUCCAGUCAUUUGCCUUCCGGAAAAAUAAGAGUAUCAAAGCACAUGGAAAGAGAUUUAAGUCUUCAUCGUUCUUCAUCAGGCCAGGGAAGGCAUAGCCCAGUUGUAAGGGUUGCUUUACCAAAUGGCCACGUUCAAGUCAAUUCCAAAGUAAAACAUGGCCCACAGAGUUUUCAGCUGGAAUCUCAGCAGCCUGUUGGAAGGCAGAGCCCACCACUCCCCACUAUAGUUUCUACACAUUCAUUACAUUCAUCAUACACAGCAACUAAUGGGAUGCCUGACCUUUCACCACAAUCAAAUCUUGCUCCCAGUAUUGUGGAAAGUACUGUCAACAUUGCAUCUUCACCCGUGGCAUCACCAUCGAUGCCAGCACCAUCUGAGCCCAGUCAGGAGAAUAAUGCUGUGGAGUUGAACUGCAAAAAUGCAUCUGAGGAUGUGAAUAUUAGUGAAGAACUACCAUCUUCUUCAGUCUUCAUCAAUCCUAGCUUUGAGUUUGUUGGUGACCCAGCAAGAAAUGUGAAAGUUCUUGGAAACCAUUUGGUGAAGGCUCGGCAAAAGACCAAACCCAAGUACGCAGCGCGGCACUUGGUGCGCGUCCUGUUCCCCAAGAAGACUCUACUGUGCAGCGUUAUGGGAGCGAGUGCGCGGGGGCGCAGGACCCUGGAUCCAAACAAAAUUGCUGCAAUACGAGAGUUUCUUGCAACUAACUUUCCAACCUAUGAUUUGAGCGAGCGUGGAAAAGACUGGAAAACCUGUAUCACAAAUGUCAAUUCUAUGAUCCGCUCCUUACGCUCCGAAGCCAAAGCAAAGCAGAAAACUGAGGGGAAAGAAGAAGUGUCUGAUGCUCCUGAUACAUCUCAUUGUGUAGAUUUAAAUGAUAAUGAAGAUAGUGGAGACAAUUCGCAAAAUUCUCAGAAAAUGACUGGCUCCACAAUUGACAUGUUGCAGAAUUCAGAAUUGGAUAAGUUUCCAGAAGCUUUUCAGACAUCUCCAGUCAGAAAACAGCAAUCUUUGGAACCUAUGGAACCCCUUGGGAGCCCAUGGCGCAAUGUUCAGUUGCCUUUCUCAGUCAUUUACGUCGCCAAGGGGAAGACACGGCCAGAGCUGUCAGCUCGCUUCCUGAUUCGUCACAUGUUCCCUGAGGAGGUGCUGGUGAAAAGCAACGUGUAUGGCAGCCUUGAUCGUGGCAUGAGCCCACUGGAUUCCAAUAAAAUUAAUGCUCUCAGAGACUUCCUUCAAGAGAAUUUUCCAUCCUUUGAUCUCAAUGAAAGUGGGUUUGAUUGGAAGGCGUGCGUGGCUGCCAUAAACAGCACAAUCCGCAGCCUCAGACACGAGCUCAAAAAGGCCACGACUGGAACGCGCCACAGAGCCCCGAGUGCAGAGUCCCCCCGAGGAUCCCACAGCCGCAAAGCCAGCGGAAAGCAUCUCUCAGAUUGAAGCUCUCCAGCAGCUGCCUCAAAGCUUAAUUUUGCAGGUUUUUGUUAAUUCUCUGUAGAAGCCUGUAAUAUCGAGCUGUCCUAUUCAACAGAGUUGUCAGCAGCACUAAAUAGCAUCACUUCAUGAGACCAAAAUUAGCAGAAGGCUUGGGAGCCCUGACUCUUUGCAUAGGUAGUGUUUGUGCUCCUCAGAAAUUAUUUUCAGUGUUCCCUGUAGCAUUUGCAAUGUGGUCUCUCCUAAAAGCAUCUUCUUCUCAUGAUUCAUUAAAUCUGAAAGAUUAAUCUGGUUAGAAAAGAUGCACUGUGCAUCAAUUCAGCAGAAGCAGAUGGAAAAGAGGAGAGGAAAGAGUGGUCCUCCUUGGAGGGUGAAUCACAGCCAGCUAAAUUAUCUCAUUAUGUAUGAGGAAUGAAAUUUGCUUUGACAGUUGGAUAUCUUCAGUGAAAAUAUCAGAAAGGAGAAAAUAUUUUUAAUUGCAUUUAGGUAACUUGUUGUAUCUGGACUUGAUGAUCUUCAUUUCCAACCUUAAUGAUUGUAUGAUCUCUCACAUUUUUGCCUCCUAUAUCAGUGUCUUUUGCAGGGUAAGAGGCAAACAGCAAUGUAAGUACAUCUGGUAAUGUAUGGGGGAGUGAUGCCUUAAAUUUUAGCUUUCGUAUUUUCCAGAUUCUGUACUGCAUGAGUACAUAACUCUGAACUUCAUAUAAAGUGUUAGCAGGUUCUCUUCACAGUUU